ACCAGGACGUGUCGGGUCACGUGUUAGUUAACACGUGACCGAUGGGUUUUGUUUUGAAACACCACCCAGACACAAGCACCAACUAGUCAUGAACGGAGCAAGGUUUAGUGCCAGGGCGGCCAAGCCUCCCGGAGCCAGCAGCUUGGUCUCGAGCUCAGGAUCUCUGACUUCCGAAAGCGGGGCGUCUCGCCAAUCGUCAAUCACUGUCGCUGUCCGAGUGAGGCCUUUCACAACCGCUGAAGAAACAAACCUUAUCAAGAACGAGACUGAACAAUUCUUUCUAGGCGACGGCUCAUUCAGUACUCAGGACACCCCUUCGAAGAGUCCCAGAGUUUCUCCCCGUGCCAUCCGCAAAAUUGUCAAUGUUGUUGAUGAUCGCAUGUUGAUCUUUGAUCCACCAGAAACCAAUCCAUUAACCAAAAUGCAGCGAGAUGCCUUCCCCAACAACCAUACCACGCGAAUCAGGGAGCAUCGCUUUGUCUUUGAUAAGCUUUUUGACGUACCCGCCACACAGGAAGAUGUGUAUUUUGGGACUACUAGACCUUUGUUGGAUAGUGUUUUGGAUGGGUAUAACGCUACGGUGUUCGCGUAUGGUGCCACGGGGUGUGGCAAAACUCACACAAUCCUGGGUAAUCCUUCCAACCCUGGAGUUAUUUUUCUAACCAUGAAGGAAUUGUACCAAAAGAUCGAAGAGUUGUCCGACACGAAAUUGAUCGAUAUCAGUUUAUCAUUUUUGGAGAUCUACAAUGAGACGAUUCGGGACUUGUUGAACCCAGAGACUCCUCACAAGAAGCUUGUGCUUCGGGAGGACUCCUACCAGAAAAUCUCGGUGACCAAUCUUCUGUCACACAAACCAGAAUCGGUGGAAGAAGUCAUGGAGUUGAUUUUAUUAGGAAACCAAAAUCGAACCACCAACCCAACCGAAGCAAAUUCAACCUCAUCCAGAUCUCAUGCCGUGUUGCAAAUUAACGUUAUCCAGAAAAAUAGAACCGCAGAUAUACAAGAACAGCAUACAUUUGCAACCUUAUCAAUAAUUGACUUGGCUGGUAGUGAACGUGCAGCAGCGACAAAAAACAGAGGUAUUAGACUUAAUGAAGGGGCAAAUAUCAACAAAUCAUUAUUAGCCUUGGGAAACUGCAUCAAUGCCCUCUGUGACCCAAGAAGGCGGAAUCACGUCCCUUAUCGUGACUCGAAAUUAACUAGAUUGUUAAAGUUCUCUUUGGGUGGAAAUUGUAAGACAGUAAUGAUUGUCUGUGUAUCACCAUCUUCCCUUCACUAUGAUGAGACUUUAAACACCCUCAAAUAUGCAGAUCGAGCAAAAGAAAUUAAAACUAAACUUAUUCGAAAUCAACACAAUUUGGAUAGACAUGUGGGAUCUUAUCUAAAAAUGAUCACGGAGCAAAAGCAAGAAAUAGAGGAGCUCCGAGCAAGAGAAUCAAAUGUCAUUAACCAAACAGUAGUCCACCAACAAAAAUUGCUGCACAAGUGCUUUGCGUUACUCUCUGAGAGUAUAGGAAGUAUCAAAUCAUCCUUAUCAAAACAGAAUCAGGAAAAAUGGAGGAAGUACUUUAUUCUUGCCAAAAGAAAGAUUCUCUUAUUACAAAGGAUUAAUAUCGAAGAUUUAAUUAUGGGAUUUACUAAAGUCUUGGAUCAUUUUGACAAUUUGGAUGAUGUGAACACUAUGAUGCAGCUUUGUGAGCAGUUGAUUAACAAGGUUGACUCACAAAUCAGUGAAUUGGAAACACAAUAUUCAAAGCCCAGUGAGCUUGAUCAUGUUCUUCUUGGUUCGGCUACCCAAAUUUUAAAGAGAUUGAAAGAAAAUGAAGGUUGGACUGAUUCUCACUCGCUGAUUUUUGACUUUAUGAUUGAUUCUCUAAAGGAGUCAUUGGAACGGGAUAUUCUUUUCAAUUCAUCCAUUCUAUUCGAUCAUUUAGUAUAUCAGCUCAGAGAUUUCAAUUUCAUAUCCAACGAGUUUAUCAAUAUGACCUCCUUAUUCGCAACAUUUGGGAAUGAUUCCACCGAAUUGAAAAAGCACUUUGACUUAAUUAAUAACAAUGUGAUAACUGCACUUGAACUGUUGGCUAAUGGAGAUUUUGAUAUAGCAAUUGAGCAAAGCACUUCUCAAUUCAUGCAAGAAAAAAUUCGAGAACAAGAUAGUAUCUUAGCUGACGAUUUGAAUAGCCCGGAGGAUUUGGAAGGUCUCAGCGACGGUGAUAGUCCUACAAGCAAGUCAAGUGCAAGAGCUCAAACAGGUACAUUCUCUAACAAGGCGUUCAGAGAAUCCAAGAGGGGUCCAUUAUCACCAUUGAAGGCGUCGCCACCUCGAAAUUUCAAAAAAGUCAUUAGCAAAAAACCAUUAACCCCAAAGUAUUCACCUCGAAAGAAUGCUCCGAAAAAGGUGCGUUGGGAUGUUCCGAAGAGCGACUCGACUAUGAUGGAGAGUGAUGUGAGCAUGGAUGAUUCCAUGCAAAACAUAUCAAUGAACAAAAGUGAAAUUGAAGAUGAUUCUCCCUUGGGAAACUCAAUAAUACAUAAAACUAUUCUUGGUGACGAAUUGGACUUAAAAUUCGAUCCCACUUUGGAGGCGUCGCCAGUUUCGUUAGCACCUCCCAAAGACAGACUUGAUGAUAUUCUCAAAGCAGAUAAUAGUACAAAGUCUGGACAUUUCCACAACAAAAGAUUAUCAAUCAAUCUCGAAUCGGGAAGAAAUACUCCAAUCAAUUCGGCGAAUCUUGAAACAAAACAUAACAGCAACAUCCCACUCCUCAACAAACUGGCCAGCACUAAAGUGAUUGCAUCAAAUAAUGGGUAUUCGAAUAUCCCUACACCGACCAUCAAUCCUACCCCUGGUACUAUCAUUAUGGAUUCGAUGAAAAGAUACGGUAAUCUCGAAGAAGGAGUUGAAGCUCGCAACAUAGAGAGUAACGGCUCUGAUAAAGUUGACUAGAUUGUCUACAUCCAUGACAAAAGCCAUAUUUUGGCUUCAUAUAUAGAUAAGUGCUCCUGGCACCCUGCAUAAACUAACGAGUUACGAUUACACUAUACUUC